AUGAAUCGUAAAUUGCAGACGUUUGGGAUCGGAAUACGUUGUUUCGACACGACGUGCGAAGUAAUCUCAGUGAUAACUGUGAGCGGCAAACUGGAGAAGCGCCUUCGGCAGAUUGCGGAACGACGUGCUGAGAAGAGCCAAGGCAGUGCACAGAACGCUCAUUCCCCUGGUCUCUGGUGGAAGCGCGGGGUUGAGGGUGGCGCUUACCAUCCGCAGAGGCUUAGGAUUGACUCUAUAUUGGCGGUCACCGCUGGAAGAGUUCUGUACUUGAUAAUCGCUCUUAUCGAUCACUCUGUACUGAAACUGAAACUGGCAACUAACCGCCAUGGAUCAGAUCAUAUUAUGGUUCGAGUCAAAAUUCAUACAAAACUGACAAGUCGUAAGAAACAACGUAUUCCGCGGUCUUUCAACUAUUUCAAACUAAAAGAUCCGGAAAACAGUAAGCGCAUUUCAAACCGUAUUAUCGAAAUACCUCGAGUUACAACGACAGCAGCACGACGGAACAGAAAUCGCUAUUGGAGUGACAUGGCCUUAAAACUAGAGACGGCUGCUCGAUUAGACCUUUCGUCUUCUUCAUAA